GCUCUUGUACUCAGUUUGACUGCUUCUGGUACCAUUCCCAAAGUAGUUAGGGAAAACACUGUUUUAAAUUAUUCAUAAUUUAAUUAGGCACCAUGUACAGGUUUUUAUACCAUAAAAUAACCCAUAAAAAUUAUUUAAUUGAGUAGUCAUUUCUGAGAAUAGUAAUGAAUUCAUCAGCAGAGAUCCUUAGUCCACCAUGGCUGCAAGAGGCAGAAGACCAAUCCCACCCAAAGCAGGUUUUGGAGCCAAACAAGAAGCCAGUGAUGGUGUGCAUGCAAGUAUCCUAAAACAAGCAAGAAAAUCAGGACAGCUGAACAUCUCUGGUCGCAGUUUAACAUCAGUUCCAGAAACAGUGUGGAGAAUCAACAUUGACACACCUGAGGAAGGUAAGACAGUGUCCAUGGACGACCCUGACGACAGAUGGUGGGAGCAAACAGACCUCACCAAACUAAUACUGGCCUCCAACUGGCUGACAGAACUGUCAGAAGACAUCAGUAACUUGCCAGCUCUCACUGUUCUAGAUGUUCAUGACAACAGGCUGGAGAGGCUUCCUCAGGCAUUGGGGACUUUACAAAACCUUCAAAGACUUGAUGUGAGCCGAAACAGGUUGACCGAGAUUCCCAUCUGUGUGGCCAAGAUACAGAGCUUGAAGAGCCUUCAUGUGGAGCACAAUCAGCUGACCUCCAUACCAGAGGACAUAGGAACUCUCAUGUUCCUGGAAGAACUGGAGGUUUCCAACAAUCAGCUUACCGCACUGCCUGCCAGUAUUGGAUACCUGAGCAAGAUAGUGAAACUGAAUGUCUCCAACAACAAACUCGUAUCCAUACCGGCUCAACUAGGGUCCAUGAAUGCUCUAAAACAAUUUGAUGCAACACACAAUGAGCUGACAGAGCUUCCAACAGAGUUUGGGUCACUCCAGAGCAUGGAACAGCUCUACCUGAGACAUAACAGGCUGUUACAUUUACCGGUCCUGAAAAAUUGUGUGAACUUAAAGGAGUUACACCUUGGCAACAACCAGAUCUCAGAGAUCACUGCGGCCCAUGUCGCCCACUUGCCUGCUAUAUCCAUCCUGGACCUGCGAGACAACAAGCUCACAGCCCUGCCAGAGGAAAUGGGCAACCUAGAAUCUUUGGAGAGGCUGGAUGUCACUAAUAAUGACCUCACUGGACUGCCAUUCCGAUUGGGGGCUAUAACUUCUUUGAAAUCCAUUGUAGUGGAUGGUAACCCUAUGAAGUCAAUUAGGCGAGACAUAGUCAUGCGAGGAACACAGGAGGUGAAGAAGUACCUGCGAAGUCGCAUAGAGGAGCCUGUCACCAUUAAUAACGGGACGUCUAAUGGGGUUCAGUCUAGUAAAGGUCAAUCAGGGGUAAUAGGAGGUUCCGGAGAAGGGGUCAAUGCUCAUGAUGUCAAACAGUUCAAGUUAUUAGACUACAGCAAUAAACAGUGUAAACUUAUUCCUGAGGAUGUGCUGAAAGUGGCUGCCGAGGGCGAGGUAACUUCUGUGAAUCUAAGCAAGAACUGCUUCACUGAACUUCCUGAAGGGAUCAUGUUGGUGUCGGACCACCUGAAGGAGUUAAAUCUGGGCUUCAAUAGGCUGCCCAAACUGCAUCCAGACAUUGGUCUCUACUUCAGGCUUACCUUCCUGGAUUUAAGGAACAACCUGCUGACAGAUUUACCAAGUGACAUGUCAUCUUUAAAGGAGUUAAGAGAAAUUAUACUGUCUUUCAACAGGUUCACAAAGUUGCCCAGUGUUGUCUACUCACUUCCCAAGCUGGAGAUCCUUUUUGCCAACGACAACAAGCUAGGGUCAAUAGAAGCAGACGGCAUUAAUCGCCUUAGUUGCCUAGCAACCCUAGAUCUACAGAACAACAGCAUCGGCCAGGUGCCCCCAGAGCUUGGCAACUGUACACACAUCAAGUCCUUACAAUUAAGUGGCAAUCUCUUCCGUAUACCAAGUCCAGCCAUUCUUGCCAAGGGAACAAAUGCCAUACUGGAGCACUUAAGGAGUAGAAUUGUUGCAUAGCAUGAGAUCGUUACCUAGAAAGUAUGAAGCUCUAUAUAAAUUUCUACCAUUGACAGGCAUGCGAUUUGGAAAUUGCGUGUAUUCUUUUUGAAAUCAAGAACCAAACAAGAAAAAAAAUCAUUUUGGGGGGGGGGGGGCACUUUCGAAGUCGAACAGGUGCAGAGCAUGCAAACUUGUCGUGAAUUUAUAUUCUAACUCUAUAUAUUUAAUGUAAUGUAUUGUGAAUCUAGGUUUACUAGGAAAUCAUUUUCACAUUAUUUUGCGUUGUUUAAUUUAUCAACUAAUUUGUAUAGUUGAGACUGCAUACGGCUGAAUUAAUACAUGACAGCGGGUAAAUGAUUUGUUUUCUUUAUUCAAUAAUUGUCCAUGUGAUAAAAGCUCUAUACAUUAUGUACAUUCAUAAAAUGUUCAUUUGAAUUUUAAACAGUUCUUUGCCAUGGGUGACUUGCCUGUUAAAAGUGCUACUUUCCUUACAUUGUUUCUGCUAUUUUGCAAUGUUAUUAUGUGUUUAUUUCCAUAAAGUCAUUGCAGUAUCAAUAUGCAGUUGUUAUGUAUUAAAUUUAGUUGCAUAUGUAAAUGAGCUGCUUGUAUUAGUUGAAAUUUCGAAACUGAUUAAUUCUGCUGUUUAGAAACGAUGUUGUUCGAAUCCACUGAUUGAAUUAUUGUUAUUUUAUCUUACACAUGUGUUCUGUUUG